AUGUUUGGGGGCGAAGUUUCGCCAACAUUAAGAGACUUAUGCGAGAAAAUCAAGGAUAAGAAAGUUGAGAUGGACGCUCAUAUUUAUAAUUUGCAAGAUGAAAAUACGAAAAAGACAAAAGAACUUCAGAUGAAAAUUCAAUCUCUUCGAGAAGAAGAAGAAAAACUCAAAAAUAGUGACAAAAUUAGUUCAAAUUCACAGAAACUUGAAAUAGAAAAGUUAAAGCAAGCAAAAGAAGAAUUAAUCAAGAAAAGGCAAUUUUUAAAGAAUCGCGUUGAAGAAUUAGAGAGUAUCGUUCAGAAACAAGAAGAAACUAAGAAUUCAACAGAAGAUCCAGCAGCAGCACUUACUCUUUAUAAAUCGAUAGCACCAAUAACAAUUUCUUCAGCAAACCAAAAUCAAAUUAGCGGUAUGAUUGCAUAUGGAACUAUCGAUUCAACAUGUUUCUUCUCUUACAAUAUGGAUGAUUUGACCCAAAAUCAGAAUGAUUUGUGGAGUAAGAUAGAUGAGAAUCGGAAGAAAGCUCAGUUAUAA